UUCAAAUUGUUACGUUUCUGUGCAAUCAGAUAACACAGUGUACCAGAUUUUAUUCAAAUUUAACUCGCAAGCGGCUUAUUGGCUACGCUAUUCCCGACCCUAUCAUUUUGCAUAAGUCGUCAACAAAAAAGACCUUUUCCAAAAUAUUUAGCUGGAAAUACAUGUAAAAGGUAGGUAACGGUUCUACCUACAACUUUUGCGUUUUCUUUUUUUAGGGGAGAAGAAUGUGUGUUUCUUCACGACUUACGAAUAGCAAUAAGUUCAGGAACGGCGUUACAUAUUUCCGUUUAUGAGUGGAACUCUUUAAGAAGCUUUUGUAUUUUUUUUAUGGUGGUGUUAGUCCUUUGUUGGAAACAAAAAACAAAUCGAUAGUCGGUACUAAAAGAUAGACAGAGUACUUUACCGGAAACACACUCAGAUAACCAAUAAUUAAUUUAAAGUUAGCACAAUUUACGCAGUAGCACAAGGGAUCCAUCCUGCAUGAUUAUAAAGUAGAUACACAUUGUACACUGUCUUCUGUGAAGUCUUUCACUUAGUCUUUUAUUUACAUGUAGUUGAAAAAUUGGUUGCAAGUUUUGUUUAGGGUUCUGUUUAUUUUCAAAAAGCAUUUGUGUGGAACACUUUUUUCUGGAGUUAGUAAUCAUAUGGACCUGUUAGUGUGUAUCAACAGUACAUGUGUAAGUGUUAGCCUUGCGUUUUUACUGGUCAAUGAUGGAUUUAAUUUCAUCCUGAUUUUAUACUGUAAUUGUACCAAACAUUUAACCAUACAGGGACCUAGUGAAACCCAGUUUGUACCUUUUUAUUGGCGUAUUUUGUAUAAAACAAUAAUUAUAAUAAACACGAGAUAAAUUUCCAUUCCCUUUUCAAAAUUUGCAAUUUGGAAAGAUGAUGAAUCCAAACCCAGCCCCACUUUUUCAUUUUAGGUGUGGGUGUGACAAUUGUUAUUUCUUUCUCCGUCUUCGAAAGACGAUGUGUAUUGCACAUGCAGUGACAAGUUCAGUAAAUUAUGAAUAUUUCUUUUUGAUCGAGUCAGGCUAUUGUCAAAAUUCGAGGGAAAUGGCGGAUCAAAGUUUACACACGUAUACUGUCAUAUAGUCACUUCUAGCCGACAUGCCUCAUCCAAUAACUGAACAAAGACGAGUAGAGAGGAUUCAGAGAAAUACGAGCAGGGUUGCAUACACGUACAAGUGAAAUUACUCUUCAUUUCCACUCACAGCUAUUGGUCACAGGCCGUUAUUAUGACCAGACCAACGGCCUUGUACGUCUGGCUUUUUCUCAUAAUCAUAAACACGCUGGCCAGCUUCACAGAAAUCCUUGACUGAGUCAUUUGCAUAAUUCAGCCAACAGGUCCAACCCCCCCCCCCGAAGGACAACUAGCGUCCUCCAGAAAAGAUGACCAUUUCCAUGCGCUAAAAAUCAUGACGUAACAUAUGAAUUUUGAUCCAAGCCAACUGUUCGGCAUAUUACCAUCAAUGUUGUCACCUCUCAGACCUCGUCUUCAGCCCACGGUCUUUGUUCGUGGCCCGAUAACAUACUUGUGGUCAGUCUUGCAUAAUCAAUAUGUAAUGUACGCGUAGGCUGCACGUUGCAUUGUAUGUGGUGUCAUGCAUAUGCAGAUUCAAGGUCCGGUCCAGCGCCCCCGUAAUCAGCAGACGUACACGACCACCUCUGGUCACCCAAACCAAACCACGUAACAUUCAGGCUAUGUAAAAAUGUAACCCUCGCCUAUACAGUGCAGUAUCGUGCAUUAUACGCAGUGCCAGAACUCGCCAUCGCAAAACAGAAAAUGAGUGAGAGGAGCCCGAACUACGGGGCUUUUUCUCAGUUUGAUGAAGCCCAAGAUACUACGACUAUCCCACCCAUCAGCUCAUUCGCUAAGAGAAACACUCGACUUUCAACAUCGGCAGACUCGGAGGAGCGUUCCCGGUCUACGGGGUAUUACCGAGAGCUGACUUUGGAAGGAAUGAGCCCAAACGGCUCGGCGUCAAAUACAAGUCAGACUCCAACUUCACCCAUCGCUAUGCAGCCACAGUCCUCACAACCCCAGCAACAACAGCAGCAUCAAGGACAACAGCGGCCAGGAUCCGAGCAGCAGUAUGCUAAAGCAGUGGCAGCCGCAGUUGCAGCGGCUUACCAAGCCCAGGCGCAGGCACAGGAGAUGAGCGGCAUAGCAGACGGCGGCAUGGUGCCGGUGCCGCAUUAG